AUGCAGAUGAAAAAUGGAAAGUACACAACUGCCAUGCGAAUCUGUCUGUUGGAAAUAAAUGAGGUUCUCCUCAGUAGCAGCAGCAGCAGCAACCACACUAGCGACAUCAUCAAGUUCGCCAUUUUGUCUGUACACUUAAUAAAUGAGAAACCGAUUGACAGAAGAAAAACGAAUAAGUCGAAGAAUUUAUAUGAAAAAAAUUGGGUCAACAACAACAACAACAAUAAUAACAACAACAACAAAAAUAACAACAAUAACAAUAAUAAAAACAUUGGAAUUAAUAAUAAUAUAAUACUCAAUUAUUCUGUUGACGAUGACUUCAGAAAAAUAAUUGAUGAGCGUGUUGCCACUGAUAGCAAUCCAUCAAACUACAAGAACAUCACUAACAAUAAUAAUAAUAGCAAUAACAACAACAACAAUAAUAAUAAUAAUAACAACAACAACAACUUUAAUAACAACAAUAAUAAUAAAUAUAACAAUAAUAAUAUUAACAACAACAACAACAACAUUAGUAAUAAUAACAAUAACAUCAGUAAUAAUAAUUAUAACAGUAAUAAUAUUAACAAGCAUAAUAAUAAUAAUGAUAAUAUAAAUAAUAAUAACAAUAAUACUAAUAACAAUAAUAACAAUAAUAAUAAUGACUCGAUCACUGUUCAUCAGAUUAACAGUGAUGUUAAAAACAGCAACAUCAACAGCACUAAGAACAGAAAAAAUAACAAGAUCAAUAAAAAUAGCAACAACAACAACAACAACAAUAAUAAUAACAAUAACAAUUAUAAUAACGUGUCCUCUUCGUUGUUGAUGAACAAAUUGUUCUUCAUAGAAGAGGAUGGUGAAGUGUUGAGGACGGCAUCCAGGCUGGAUCGGGAGGAAAUCUGCUCCCCAUCAUCAUCCUCAUUGUCAUCAUCCUUUUUAUCCUUGUCAUCAUCUUCAUCUUCAUCAUCAUCAUCAUCAUCAUCAAAACCCCCAUCAUCAUCGUCAUCGUCGUCGUCGUCACAAUCUUUGCCACCAUCAACCUCAUCAUCUAAAUUUCUGUUUUCAUUGUCAUCGUCAUCUUCAUCUUUUGUGCCAUCAUCAACAUCAACCCCAACAUUACCACAAACUUCUGUACCACCGCGGCCAGUAAAAACGUCAUCAUCGACAUCGUCCCCAUUAUCUCCUCACACCAUUCUACCAUUAGUUUCACUUCAUUCCAAUCAAGCAUCACCGCCACCACCUGUGGCAACAUCAUCCAUAUUACCUUCUUCAUCGUCAUCAUUUUCAACGUCACCAUCACAAAGUCACCAUUUGACAAAAUCUUCACCACAACAGCAUCAACCACUGCGAUAUCGACUACCACCACCGACUGACGCCAUACUGGAUGAAGUGGCGUCACCAUUGCAUGCCGGUAAAGGAUGCUUUCUUAAAGUCGACAUCAUAGUUUUGACGCUGCCGUACGAAGACCAACAACGGCAACAAUCACUACAUCGACAACAUCAUCAUCAGCAACUGCAGCAGAAACUUCCAAAGAAGCCGCAACCACAACAGCCACCAACGCAUCACACACGCAUCAAAAUGAUGACUAUAACACUUGAAAUAUUGGACUUGAAUGACAACAAGCCAACCUUUGUCUUGCCUCAAACUCCAUCAUCAUCAUCAUCAUCAUCAUCAUCACCAUCAUUGUCGUCAUCGUCGUCGUUCUCGUCAUCACCAACCUCUUUUUUGGUGUCAUCGUCAUCAUCGCAUUCAUCAUCGUUGUUAUCAUCGUCGUCGUCCAAAUUGAAGCGCACAAAUUUACAUUUCUCUAAACCCCUUUCUUCAUCUUCCUCUUCCUCGUCACCAUCAUCACCAUCAUCAUCAUCUUCUUCAUCAUCAUUGCCGUCGUCGUCAUCACCAUCACCAAGUGACACCUUCAAAAUAUAUGUGCAAGAGUCAUCCGGACCUGGAAACCUUUACCGCCUUCCACAUGCCUUCGACAUGGAUGCUACAGUUAAUACUCGCAUUCGGUAUCGACUCGAAUUAAUCGACUGCACACUAUCGAAUAGUUAUAAUAAAAAAGCCGUAUAUUUGACCGAAUACCCAUCGUCCUUAUCAUCAUCGUCGUCAUCAUCGUCAUCAUCAUCAUUAUUGCCUGCCUCAUCUUACUCACCGUCAUCAUCUUCAUCGUCGUCAUCAUCUUCAUCUCAGCCCACAUUAAAAUAUAAUAAAUGCCUAAGCAUUGCUAAGGUCGGAAAUUAUAACGUAGUAGAUAACAGCAAUAAAAACCACAACAGCAAUAAAAUUAAUAACAAUAGUAACUAUAACAAUUACAACAAUAAAAACAAUAUCAAUUAUAGUGACAAUGACAAUAGUUACAACAACGGUAACGCCAUCAAACCAACCGAAAUUAAUAUAUUCUCAGUUAAUGCAGCCAACGAUGUUCCUAGCAGUGCUUUCAAUGGCAGAUUGAGUAACAACAACAAAUACAACACAGACGUUAACGACAACAACAACAACAACAAUCACAAAAGUGAAACGAAUGAAACUUCGGGAUUUCCCAUCUUCCAGCUUAAAUGUCUUACCACAGGGGAAUUAUUCUUAGUCGUUGGAGCCAAAUUAGAUCGAGAACUUGUCCACAUGUAUAAGCUACGCUUGGUUGCGUCUGAUGGCGCUGCUGAUGAUGACGACGAUGUUGAUGAUCAUGACCGUCAUCUUCGUUAUCAUCAUCAUCCUCAUCUGAAUGUCACUGGUGAUGAUGCUGAUGAUGAUGGCGGGACUGACCAACAUGAUCGUAAAAACAUCAACAUAAAAUACAUCAACAAAAAUUAUGGCGAUAAUAAAAAUGAAGAUGCUGAUGAUGGUGAUGAAGAAGAAGAAGAUGAUGAUGAUGGUGGUGGUGGUAAUAAAACUCCGUCUAAAAUUUCUCACUCAUCUAGCAUCGUUAUCGAGAUUCAUGUCCUAAACGCCAACGAUAAUGUACCGGUAUUCGCGAAUAUUUGGUACAAUUUCACUAUCGAGGAACACACGCCAGUUGGUACUGUUAUCGGACAGAUACGGGCCACCGACGAUGACGAAGAUGAUGACGUAGAUGAAAAUGGCAAUAAUGAAUACUCCGUAAAUAAGAAGCGUAACCAAAUAUCUUAUAAAAUAUCUCCUAUUUCAUCAUCAUCUUCAUCAUCAUCAUCAACAACAACGUCAUCGUCAUCAUCCUCAUCACCGAUAUCCAUCAACAAUUCGACAGGUGAGUUAAUCGUAUCUUCAGACAUCAACUACGAAUCGGUGCAGUGCAUCGAACUGCUGGCCGAAGCUGUCGAUAACGGAUCCAACCCUUUAACCGGUUUUGCUCAAGUGUCGGUAUAUAUUCAAGACGUUAAUGAUAAUUACCCGACUAUCGAAUACCACUCACUUCUAAUUUUCAAAGAUACCAGUCCUAAAACUGGUUAUUACGAGUUAAAACCGUCGAAAUACUCGAAAGAACCGAUCGGUUUUUUGUCAGUUAGCGAUUCGGAUAGUAACGAUAAUGCUCGGACCGAUUGUAAUAUAUCGAGGUCGGAAUUGCUCGUGAAAGGGAUUUGCAGAGAUGAUGCGUACAACAGCCAUAAAAGCGACAAUAGCCCGGCGAGCAUUGUCAGUGGCGAAUGCGACAGGCGCCAUGCAAAAAGUAAUAACCUCGCAAGUAACAAUACUAUCCAUAGUAAUAAUAAUAAUAAUAACAACAAUGAUGAAAAUAAUAAUAAUAAUAGCAACAAGAUCAAUAAUAAUAAGAAUACUAAUAGCGACAACAUCAAUAAUAGUAAUAAUAACAAUAAUAACAGCUAUAACAGCCAUCCUGUAUUUAUGUUGAAACAACUGGACAGCGAUCAAUACGAAUUAAUAUUUGAUGAAAUCUUCGACGACGAUAAUAACAACAACAGUAACAACAAUAACACUAACAAUAACAACAGUAACAACAACAGUGAAAAUAAUAAUAAUAAUAACAAGGAAAACAAGGUGGGAUGGAGUAUAAUGGAGUUAACCGUAGCGUGCCGCGACUUCGGCUCGCCACCUCUCGUCAACUACUUAAAAUUGUUGUUUAAACUGAAUUACAAUGAUGAUGGUGAUGACGUCAUCGUAAAUAACAGCAACAAUAAUAAUUAUAACAACAACAAUAACAGCAAAAAUACUGAUGGCAACGAUGUAAAAAUCGGCAGCAUCAUCCACCACGUCCGGUCGGCGAAAGUGAAGAAUUUGAAUUAUAUCGGUGAUGAUAGAGCGAUAGUAAGGGAUAAUAAUAAUAAUAAUAAUAAUGGUGACGACGACGCUGGUGAUGAUAAUAACACAAAUAAUAAUAAUAGUAAUAAUAAUAAUAAUAAUAAUAAUAAUAAUAGACGUAGCAGUAGCAGCAACAACGACAGCCACAACGACAAAACAAAUUCUUUUUUAGCGGAAGAUGAUGUGCGCAUGAGUUAUGGCAUUGGCUCAGAUGAUAACAAUGCCAAGUCCAAAUCACAAUUUCAGUAUUUAUUACUUAACAACGACCACAACAACAACAAAAGCAUAACAAACAACAACAGAAAUAACAAAAACAACCUCUACAACAAUAACACCAGAUUCAACAAUUUCAAAAACAAUAGCAAUCAUUAUCUGACCACCACCAACAACAACAACAACAUCGGCAACAACACCUUCCCAUUAAACAACAACAACAGCAGCGGCAGCACCACGUACAUGUUUCUUCCUUGGAUCAUAAUAUUGUUGUUGAGCAUUUUGUUGCUGAUUAUGGCUAUGUACAUACGCAGACUUAAAGCAAAUAGACUGCUUAAAAGCAAAAGUGAGAAAAAUAAAAAAUGUAAAAAGAACAAAAAAACGAAAAAAAAUAACAACAACAACAAUAACAAUAAGAAUAAGAAUAAUAAUAAUAAUAAUAAUAAUAAUGGUUCCAGUGGUGGUAGUGACUUUAAAAACAAUAAAAAAUUGUUUAAAUGUAAGAAAAAUAAACUGAGCAAAAGCAAAAGUAACAACAACAAUGACAGCAACAACGCAUCUGAAGUAAUAGAAACAAGCAAAAUGAAACCGUUAACGUUUCUUAAAUACAAUUUGAACAAGUACGGUGUGGAUGACGACGAUGAAUAUGAUGACAAUUACAUCAACAACUACAACAACAAUAGCAAUAACAAUAACAACAACAAAACCAACAGUAACAACAAAACCAACAGCAACAACAACAACAACGCUAUGAACCUAAGGAGCAGUUGUUUUAGGAGUAGGGUUGAUGAUGCAGAUAGCAACAGCAGUAAUUUAAACAUCACGGCCGUUCUUAAUGAAGAUGUCGAUGAAGAUAACAGGAAUGAUAACAAUGAUGGUGAUGUUGACGACGACAACGAUGAUGAUGAACAAUAUUUCUUUGAUGAUGAAAUGAACGUCAAUAAUUUUACUAUAAUUACACAGAGCCAAGCGCAGACACAACAACCGCAACAACCGCAAAAUCCACAACAGCUACAACAUUCACAUCAACAACCACAAAAACAACAACAAAAACAUCCGUUUCAACAAGCACAACAGCAUCAGCAACAGCACCGCGAAUAUACACUGCCAGUGCAAAACGUAUUUAGAUAUUGCCAAUUCACGCCACCGUCGACGAUUCAGCAUCGACGACAACAGCCACAACCGCAAAGUAUCCAACUACAACCACAACAACGUUUGCAGUAUGAGGAAUUUUAUCAAGAAAACACUCAACAAAACACGCAACAAUGUAUGUACGAUUCCAUCCGAAGACAACUACAACUACAGCAGCCACAACAACAGCAAGAGUGUCGCCCGCAGCACCACCAACAGCAGCAUAUACAACAACAUAAGCAACAACAACAUAAACAACAACAAAAAGAAAUUGUUUUAAAUUCAGCAAAAGAGGAAAAUUUAAUAAACCACUGUCUGUGCGAAACACUAAUCCGCACAUCUCCCGAUCUCAUUUCCGGAAGGUUAGUUUUAAUUCCCACGUGCAUACUCGCCAAUAAUUCUUGCGUUAUAGAUGACAACAACAAAAAAUCAUCGAAAAAAUGUUUUGAAAGUAAAAAAAAGUAUCUACUGAUGCAAGAAACAAAACGUCGAAAAGAGGUUAAGCAUCCUUAA